AGAACUCAACCUCUGAUCACGGACGGUUAGGUUGGUGCCCGGCUGUGUAACCUCGCAGUCUUGCGGUGUACUUUAUAUGCUCCCAUGGAAUAACGUCGACUUCUCCACCAUCUCGGACUAUACUGGAUUUAUUAUUCGACGUGGAUUACUGCAUUUUCAGAAGUUUUCUUUUUUUCUGAUGAUUGAAGAACGACGACGGACACGACAGUCGGAAGAAGCUGUAGAGACCGGGAGGACCUUGUGUAAAUCACGGAGAGACCAGGCCAGACCAGAGGAUCGUUGCCAGCUUUAAGGUUGUGCUUCAUGUCAACCCAAUGCAAGCUAUACCCAUGCAAAUCUGGAAGGGUGGCAUGAACCUAGGGUGGGAUCCCAACGGGGCACCCGUUCAGAUGUCCCAGCCACUCACCACAGGGCAGAUGAACAUCAACCCAUGUACCUCCAUGGCCGAGCGACGUGCCGCAGGUACCGAUGGCUACAAUAGGAUGGACUCCACUGCCACCGUUUGGGUGUCCCCUGCAUCGAUUCCAACGCCAUACUUCCCCGCCAGUACUGUUGGACCCAAGGAACUUGCUCAUAAUGGGGGACGCAUCCCAGCUCUGUCUCCUCCACCCUCGGAGGACCAUGGGGAGUUGAGGAGGGUCCAUCAGCAGCAGAGGCAGAAUCCUCAUGUUAGGGCAACGCAUAACCUACCACCAUUAGUCGAAUCACACUAUCAACAUUCAUGUUCACAGAAGGGCCAAUCUAGGAGGGAGGUUUGUGAGUGGAGUAAGUCUGCUCAGAAAAACUGUAGACUGACUGGCAGCUUGGCCGGGGAUGAGGACGACGGUCCAGAUUCACAGUGUGGGCGCAGACGUCAAGAACUUAAAUUGGGAGGAGAGAUCUCUGCCUUAAAGCGGCACCAACCACUGCACUCGUUUGGACAGAGUGAGCGCCGCCCUAGUGUUCCAGCAGUAAGCACAAUAUCUGCAUCACAGUUAGUGAGUACACAUAGUCAGGAUCCUUCUUCAGUUGGGAAAGAGCAUUGCUCUCACAUCCCUUGCCCUGCUCCACACCCAGCUCACCUUAAGCUCAAAGCAAUGAGCAAAAAUAAACGUUUUACUGAUGCCCACAUUCAUGAUUUCCUUAUGGAAAGAGUGUCUAUCAUAAUGGCGGGACGGACCCAAAGUGGCGGGAGCAAGGGUGCAGAACGGACACAUUGUUUGAGUUCCAGUACCUUAAAUGUAUGCCUGCCAAGCAAGCAGAACACUGGUUCAUUACAUUUGAAAAUGGACGAAUCAGCACCCCGGCAUGUCGCCUCUACCGCAUCAUCGGAGGAAAUCUGCCUUUCUUCUGCCGGGAGUGCUGGUAGUCCAGCUCUCGACUGCAACGGGAAUGAGAAGUGGUCUACUGCGUUCGGAAAAGGGAUUCCAGAGAAGCAAUCAGCGUUGACUCGUAAUGUUUUAAAGCAAGAUGGCCACUCUGAACCUAAACCAGAAAAGGACUCCACAGAAUACCCGAAAAUUAUGAUGCUCGCUGCGGAGGUUUGUGCAAAGAACGACAACGAGAAUCCACUGAUUCUCUCUGCACUCUCUGGAACAACCCCAAAGGAGUUCAUAGAGCAGCGAGCUGCCUCAGAGGUUGAAAACGGUGCGACACAAGGACACAAGUACACCUCCCCAUGGCUAAUCGCCAACUGCCUCGAGGAUCGAAUCAAAGAACCAGGUGCUCUGCACCCUGUCUCGUACGUGGGUCACCCGGAGGCGCGAGAAACGGGGACUCUGAGUUUAGCGGAUAAUUGGCAAGCAGGGAAGACUAACACAGAAAUGGACAUGGCCAAAUCAAUACAAAUGUCAUGCAAAGAAGAACACUGGUUUAAAAGCCAGAGUUAUGAAGACAUUUCAGAAGACGACAUUCAAAAUGGCGAAGACAUUCUGGCUCUGGAUUUGCAGUCAAAUAGGCUUCCCUCUGAAACCACAAUUGGAAAUUUGAGUGGCGCUUCCUCUAAAUAUUGCCCCGUCUAUGAAGAUAUCUCUGAAACAGAAAUUUCCACAGAUGUAUGUUUAAUCAUAGAUGAGCCGUCGGUGAGACAACUGUCAAACAAUGUCAGACAACCUAUCAAAUCUGGGAGUCCCACAAAUGUCCCGGCCCUUUCAAAACAUUUGUUUAAUUCCGCGAGGCAGUCUCGUGACGGAACCUCAAAUGGUGACAAAACUGGUUUGAUUCCUGGUUUGUUACCUGAGGUUCAUGCAGCUCGUUCUCUGCAGCAGGAAGUCAUUUACAUUAGUUCAGACGAGGAUACAAUGGACCUUUCUACUGGAGAAGAUGGAUCUACCGAUACUGAAAUUCAAGAGAAGGUGACUGAAGCCAUAAGCCCCAUGGUUGAAGAGGAGGAUGCUGAAGAGGAUUGGCUGAUGAUUCCGGUGGCAAUAACAUACCUUGCAUUUGUUGAAGCGAAUGUAAACCAUGUCUCCCAAGCAAAAACCAAAUCUAGUGGUAAAAAUAUGCUGCUUUCAACAACCAAAAAACCUUCGCCAACUUCUCCCAUGAGGCAGUUGGAAGUGUUUGAUACCCUUGAUAGCUUUCUACGAGAAAAGGCUUGCCUAAAUCCCUGUAGCAAUAAAGAUUCUCAGAUUAUAAUUGUUUCUGAUGAUCUCCCUGUGCCAACACCCACAGAAGGCAUCCCAGCAGAAUCAAGUAAUGGAAACAUUGUUCUCCGGUGCAGAGAAAGAUCCAGUUCAUGUGACACCGAAGACAGCAGUGACUACUCGUCCUCGGAGUCCAAUUGCAACUAUUUAACAGUGUCCCCUCAGUGCUGGGAAGACGGAAAUCUCUCCAAAUCACUGAAGAAGAGGAAGAGGAAGAGGAAAACGUGUGAAAAAUUAUAUUCUGCCAAACGGCCUCGUACAAUCACAUUCUCCGACGGCACGGAUGACAGCUCUGUGUUCGAAGUAGAGAUGGAAACGAGCCUGGAGACGGAUGUACCCAUGACACCUGAACCUAAAAGCAGCCCGAAAGAAUCUGAAGGUGAUUGCAGUUCUGUUGAAUUUAAAAAAGCUCCAACAAAAUGUCAUGCCAAAACCGAUCAAACAGCCAUUCUAAAAGGACUAAAGAAACUAACCGAUGAAGGAGCCAAGUUAAGACGCAGAGGUGCAAAGGGCUUGAGGUUGUCUGAAUCGGAGGACGGUGGAGAUGAUUUCUCAGUUCUACGAAUUGGACAUUUGGCUGAAGGUCACAGGUAUCCAGUAAAGGGGCCUCAACAAAGGGCAUUCCUUGACUUGGAGAUUGACCAAAAGCCCCCCUGUGUGGCUGGAGCAGAGGAGCGGGUCUCAACUAGUCAUGAACUCCCAAAACCCAAUCCCAUAAUCCCUCGCUUGUUUUUCAAGAUGCCUUCUGAACAAAGUGAUCCAGUGACACUGAUGGCAGAAUUGACCAUCCCUAAGAACAAAAGAGAUGACUACAGACUCUUGAGACGAACCAAGAAAAACAAUCCGGUUACUUCUGCUAACGGACAACCAAAAUAUAAGACGAGAGUCGAGAAAUUACGUUCUGAGAAACGUAAAAUGCUCGAUGGCCCAGAAAGUAAACAGAAAGUAAAUGCAUUUAAUUCCGGGCAACAUGUGACCUCCAAUAAACCAACAUCAGUUUCAAAGGACCACCUGAUUAUCCCAAAGCAACUGACGACGUCCACGGCAGCGCUUCAGAAGUACAAGGCUCAUUCCACGGCUAGCACAGAGCCACCCAGGACGGCGUCCUCUAGUGGCCCAGAGCCACCCAGGACGGCGUCCUCUAGUGGCCCAGAGCCACCCAGGACGGCGUCCUCUAGUGGCCCAGAGCCACCCAGGACGGCGUCCUCUAGUGGCCCAGAGCCACCCAGGACGGCGUCCUCUAGUGGCCCAGAGCCACCCAGGACGGCGUCCUCUCGUGGCCCAGAGCCACCCAGGACGGCGUCCUCCAGUGGCCCAGAGCCACCCAGGACGGCGUCCUCCAGUGGCCCAGAGCCACCCAGGACGGCGUCCUCCAGUGGCCCAGUGCCACCCAGGACGGCGUCCUCCAGUGGCCCAGAGCCACCCAGGACGGCGCCCUCCAGUGGCCCAGAGCCACCCAGGACGGCGUCCUCCAGUGGCCCAGUGCCACCCAGGACGGCGUCCUCCAGUGGCCCAGAGCCACCCAGGACGGCGCCCUCCAGUGGCCCAGAGCCACCCAGGACGGCGCCCUCCAGUGGCCCAGAGCCACCCAGGACGGCGCCCUCCAGUGGCCCAGAGCCACCCAGGACGGCGCCCUCCAGUGGCCCAGAGACACCCAGGACGGCGUCCUCAGGCGGCAAAGAGACGCCCAGGACGGCGUCCUCCAGUGGCCCAGUGCCACCCAGGACGGCGUCCUCCAGUGGCCCAGAGCCACCCAGGACGGCGCCCUCCAGUGGCCCAGAGCCACCCAGGACGGCGUCCACUCGGGGCCCAGAGACACCCAGGACGGCGUCCUCAGGCGGCAAAGAGACACCCAGGACGGCGCCCUCAGGCGGCAAAGAGACACCCAGGACGGCAUUCUCAGGUGACCAUAACAAUCAGUCCACAUUGGAAACCAGUCCAUACUUCAGCUGCCACUCAACCCAUACCAAAAAACGAAUCUCUCACUACUGUCGCAGAGCUGACGAGACAAAGGAUUCCGUUCACCCGAAGCCGUCCCUUCCCACCGAAACAGCUCCCAGUUCCAGUAAAGGGCAGUUGAAAUCCAGUAUGAUCUCAAAAUCCUCUAAAACCGGAAGAUAUUCUAUCGGUUCUAAAAGAGUCACAUUCUCAGAUGCUUCUGGGAGCACAAAGGAGUCGGCAAGGCAACAGAUCCGCAAAGAAUGGAAAGAUAACUAUGUCUCAACCAGAAUAUCACGGCGGCACAGCUCUGGGCCGGAGGACACAAGGCGACAUGCUUCCUCCUCUUCCAAAAAUGCUGACAUUUCGGAGGAACACGAUGCAGGGAAAGGUGCUGAGCUGGAACCCUGUCCCGACCCAGCCCAGCAGAAGAACAGUUGUUAUACUGCGUCCACCACGUCGCUGAUGAAGAGGACCAAGAAUCAGGCGAUGCGGUUGACUCGGGACAAACACCUCCGCGGGGGCCGCCAGGAGCGAAGGCAUUCAGUAGGCGAGGGCUACAAGUGGUUUCAGACCCAGGAGAGCAGGAAUCUUUCCAGAAAGCCUAGGCCGUCGAGUCCUUCCGAGGUUGAGCAGUUGAGCCAGUGGUAGCACAACCUUUUUCUACCUCGGGUUCAAAGCACUAUCAAGAAAGUGUCGGUCAUUUUGAAAAUAAGAAUCUUAUUCAGUACUUGGACGUUAUUUUUUGUGAUUUAAAUUUUAUAAUUGUAUAUACAUUUUUCAAUACUAUAAGAGGGCCAAACUUUAAUGCAUAAAACUUUGUUGCCAACUUUUGUCUUAACUGUCAAAGGUGUGUUUUUUAAAACUCACUGACAAUAAUAUAUCAUAAAUAUAUUAUGAUAUAACAACAUCUUUAAAAAUCUGUUCUGUCGUUUGGGCAUUAUACAUUUUUUAUUUAAUUUUUUAUAAACCUCACUUUUUGUAAGUGGACUUGCGAUUGUUUUGCUGAAAACGCAUUGAAAUACGUCAAUGGAAGUCCGAGCUAUCUUUUACAAGGGGGGGGGGGGGGGGGGCAAAGGGAAGCUGCAAGUAGGAUCUAUCUUUGCAACAGCUCCAACUGAAUGUAUAUAGUUACUCUUGACGACUACUGCACUGUGUUCCCACUACUUUUACAUAGAUAUUUUAUGUUACGUCAUCGUUGUGCUGCUGUGGAUGCUGCUUGAUUUUUUUUCAAUUAAAAUAUAUGACAUUUGUAUGCAAUUUGAUAUUCUGUUUUUAUUUGGUGGGGAGUGAUCCACUAACUUUUAUAACCUCAAUCACACAACCUGUCCUACUUCAUAAAUUAAUCACACAACUAUUCCUACUCUAUAACUUAAUCAUACAACCUGUCCUAUUCUGUAACCCGGGGAUCACCAACACAGUGCCAUAUGAGGCACCCGCAGGCCUGUUCUAAAAUAACUCAUUCCUGAUCAACUCUUUCCCACCUUUUUUAAGUCAUUUUUGAUAAUUAUUGUGAGAAAUCAUUAACAUGAUCAGUGUCUUCACAUAGAUAAGUAUCAUUAAUCAAUAAUAAUAUAUAACUAAAGGCAAACAGAGCAAAUUGGUUAUUUCAGAAGAGUAUCAAAAUGGGUGCCCUUCGUAUGACUCAAUACCAAUGAAGUAGCUCUUAUGGGAAAAAUUAACCAUUACUUUUUAUGUUAACUGAAUAUUAUUAGGCCUAUAUAUCAUAUAGAUACAUUAACAGUGGAAAGUAGCUAAAACACCUGGAUUCAUAGGAAAGGCUUGACACGGCGCCAGAGGGUGUGGGGUCAGCGCGUGCUAUGGAACUCGACACGGCACCAGAGAGUCUGGGGUCAAGGGGUACUGACCUCAACCUAAUGUUUAGAUUAUCUGAUGUUAACCUAAUGCCUGAAGGAAUGCAUGACUGACUGGCUGUGGGCGGGCAUAUCAUAUGGAGAACAGCUUGACUUGUGAGGAUAAAAAGGCCGGGAUCUUAUGAUCGGGAGUGCUUUGCAAACGACUCGGCUUGGUUGUUGCUUGUUCUUGAAAUGAUUGAAUUAGAUUAUUUUUUUACCACACUCGAGGGUUAAAAAAAGGUUGGACGCCCAUGCUAAAACCUAAUCAAAAUAGUUUGCAAAGAGUUGCAGGCCAUUCGCUUGAGUGUUUGUUCUUAGUGCACUGUAAAAACUGGACAACAAUUCACUCGGGGCUCGUAUCCAACCCCACCUUCACACCCCUUGCCCACUGGGGACUGGAUGGGGCGAUCCCGAAAUGCAUUGUGGUUCCGUCGGCUCCAUCUC